GGCACUAGAAGGACAUCAUAGGAUGUGUGCGCAGUUGUUGAGGUGAGGAUGGCAGCCUGCACACAGUGGUCAUGGUCACAGCAAUCACAGAGACAGAGCAAUAAACACACACAGGCUCGGAGUGAAUGCUGCAAAGCCUGGUUCCUGGCUUGGCUUUGCCCUUAUCCUCUGUGUGGUAAAGACCAGUCUUCCCCAGGUUCCCCUUCGCCACAUCUGCAUCUUCUCUGCACCGGGACUGUGAAGAUGGAAGUCGAAAGGGUUCAACCUCUGGAUGAGAAUCUGGAAAAUGGAUCAAGGCCAAGGUUCAAGUGGAAGAAGCUAUCAAUGGUGGUCUCUGGGAUUCAGGGAGUGGGGCUACUCCUGUGCCUGGUCUACAUCUGCCUGCACCUCUAUCCUUCUCCGGUGAAGUAUCCUCCAAUCCAAAGUCUCAGAGCACAAGUUACCAGAUGUGAGAAUGGGAGACUAUUCAUCAGCCCACCCAGGAAUGAGUAUCAAACCAUGGAGGUGAAGAACAACUCAAUCGCCAUCACCUGUGAUGGGCUUUAUCUCAUCUACGCGAAGGGCUCCUUUUUCCAGGAGGUCAAGAUCAACCUUCAUUUCCGUAAGGGUCGAAGUCCCAUCUCUAUGCCCAUGAUGAACAAUGGUCAAAGGGUUGACUUCACUGUGGUAGCUUCUUUGGCCUACAAAGAUAUAGUUUACUUGACUGUAGAUGCUCCUGACACUUCCUGUGAAGACCUCCAGAUAAAUGACGGGGAACUGAUUGUUGUCCACCUAACUCCUGGUCGAUUCUGUGCCCACUGAAGAUCUCACAGUAGCGCUGUGAACCAGGUGCCUCUGUGA